AUGGUUUUGCUUGCUUGUUUUUAUAUCUGUGUGGUAACAUUGACAUUAACCAUGGCCCAAACCAUCACUAAUAAAACUUCCACCAUCACUAAAGGUGCCAAUGUCACAAAACCAGGAUGCCCUAAGCAGUGUGGGAAUGUAACGGUUCCUUACCCAUUUGGUAUUGGCUCAGGUUGUGCUUAUAAUUCGGAGUUUGAAAUCGACUGUGAUAUUUAUAUUAAUGGUUCUCAGAGAGUCUUCAUAAGAAAGCACAAUAUUGAUGUGUACGGCAUCUUGGAUGCUGAAUUGCGCGUCUCCUGUGACUACGGUUGGAGAUGUUACAACUCCACCGAACCCAAUGAGUCAAAGGUUUCCAUCGUAUUUUCAGAAUCAAGUCCGUAUAGUUUCUCUGCGCUGAACAAGUUUACUGUAGUUGGUUGCGAUGACUACGGUUCCAUCUUGGGGCCUAACAACUUUGAGUAUGGCUGCAAUGCUAGCUGUACAAGCAAAGAGGAUGUGAUGAAUGGAGGAGAGUGUAUGGGAAAAGGCUGCUGCCAGAAACAGAUACCCAAGGGCUUGAAAUACUAUGGCACAACCAUGUCUAGCACAAGAAACCAUACCGAUGUUUUGUCCUUCAAUUUAUGUGGGUAUGCGUUUCUGGGCGAGGCAGAUAGCUUCCAUUUCCGGGGCUUGCCAGAUCUAGGUGAUGAUUAUACUGUUGAUAUUUUUUAUGAGAGGUUAAAAGACACUGUUCCCAUUGUGCUGGACUGGGCUAUCGGGAAUCUUACUUGCGCGCAAGCUCUGAAAAGAGAGGAUUAUGCUUGCAGUAAAAAUAGCGAGUGUGUUGAUUCGGAUACUGGUCUUGGUGGCUACCGCUGCAGCUGUAAUACAGGUUAUCAUGGCAAUCCUUAUCUCAAUCAAGGCUGCCAAGAUAUUGAUGAAUGUGCUGAUCCAAGCACCAAUACGUGUGAAAAGAUCUGCACAAACACCCCAGGGAGUUUGUAUUGUUCUUGCCCUGAUGGAUAUACCGAUGAUGGCAGCAAGGAUGGUCGUAGUUGUAUUCCUCCCAAUAAUCAGUUCCCAUGGAUCAAGUUGUCUCUAGGUAUUGGAAUCGGCUUUAUCUGCCUAGUGGUUGGGGUAACCUGGCUCUAUUUCAUCAUCAAUAAAAGAAAAUUGGUUAAAGGCAGAGAGAAGUUCUUCCAACAAAAUGGUGGUUUAUUAUUGAAACACAGAAUGUCUUCUAAAGAAAACGGUGUGGAAGAAACAAAAAUUUUUACAGCUGAGGAGCUCAAGAAAGCUACAAACAAUUAUGCCGAUGAUAGAAUUCUUGGUCGUGGCGGCAAUGGGAUUGUGUAUAAAGGUGUGCUAGAUGAUACUCGCAUAGUUGCCAUUAAAAAAUCUAGAAUUGUGGACGAGAGUCAAAUAGACCAAUUUAUCAAUGAGGUAGUCAUUCUAACUCAAAUCAACCAUCGAAACGUGGUAAGACUCUUUGGAUGUUGUUUGGAAGAUGAAGUUCCUUUAUUGGUUUAUGAGUAUGUCUCUGAAGGAAAUCUUUUCGAGCACAUUCACAACCAACGUGGAGCGGGUUGGUUAACUUGGCAAAACCGUUUGAGAAUUGCAGCAGAGAUAGCCACUACACUUGCUUAUCUUCAUUCAUUUGCGUCCAUGCCUAUAAUUCAUAGGGAUGUCAAGUCUGCCAAUAUAUUGAUAGAUAAUGUUUACACAGCUAAAGUGGCAGAUUUUGGAGCUUCAAGAUUAAUUCCUUUGGAUCAAACAAGUGUGGCUACUUUGGUUCUAGGGACAACAGGGUACUUGGAUCCUGAAUAUUUUCGCACAAGUCAACUGACUGAGAAAAGUGAUGUCUACAGCUUUGGAGUAGUUCUGGCAGAACUUUUGACAGGGUUGAAAUCUAUAUUUAAAGACAGAAACAAUGUGCAAAAGAAUUUGGCUGAUUAUUUUGUUUCAUCUGUGAAUAACAAUUGCUUAUUUCAAAUUCUUGAUCGUGUUUUGCAAGAAGAGAAUCUCGAGCAUCUCCAAAAGAUGGCUGAGCUGGUGAAGAACUGUCUUCUGCCGCUUGGAGAAGAAAGGCCUACAAUGAAGGAAGUGGCUAUUGAACUUGAAGGUUUGAGGAAGUUAACUGGGAUCUCUUCGUUUAAUCAACAUAGGCAGGGAGAUAAUGAUCAGGAUGAACCAGUUACUUACACAGUUCCAAUAGACUCCAUACCCCCAAAUUAG